AAGUUACCUACUGUAGCUUUAUGUGUUUUUAACAUUAGCCAAAAACAUUUUUAUGUUACCCCAGUCUAUUCUGUUAUUUUCUAUCCUUAAAGAGAGUGGUCGUGCUGUUGUGCCUCUAACGACUGGCUUUUAUGACUUGGAAUGGAAACAUGCGCUCAAACACACACAAAUACACACACCCAAGGCAUAAAGCUUGUGUCAUAAAGGGGGAUGAUAAUGGGGCUUAUCUCCUGUAGCUCCACCUUUUUACCCUCCACCCUCCAAAUAUAUAUUUAAACACUUUUUCCAUUUGUCUUCUGCGACAUUAGAUGCGGGAAGCUGAGCUUCACGGGUACUAGCUAACAAUCAUCACAUUUUCUUUUUCACAGGAGAAGACUUGACUGACAGCACCUAUUUGAAGAGAUUUUUUUUUGUUUGGAGCAGCAGCUGGGAUUUUAGUUAUUUUUGCCUUUUUGAGCGACCUCCAUCUGCAGCCAUCAUGUGUACCGGAGCCUGUUCUAAAUUCAUUGCCAUCCCGCUCUACAUCCUGGCUUUGGUGUCCAUCAUCUGCAACAUCAUGCUCUUCUUCCCUGACUUUGAUACAACGUAUGCAGCGGAAGACCGGAAAGGAGAGGAUCGAAUCACGGAGGAAGUCAAAUAUAUGUCGGGCCUGAUUGGAGGAGGAAUCAUGGUCCUCAUUCCUGCCAUCCACAUUCAUCUGACCAGUGCUAAGAACUGCUGUGCCAACCGCUGUGGGAUGUUCCUGUCCAUCGGUUUUGCAGCAGCCGGUGUAGUGGGGGCCAUCUACAGUCUGAGCGUUGCUGCCCUGGGUCUUGCUAACGGGCCAACAUGCCUCUACAAAGAUCCAGACACCCUCAAUCAAAAAUGGGGGACGCCCUUCGCUAACACUAAUGGGAGUUACUUGUCUGACAAGGAGUUGUGGAGUUGGUGUAUACUUCCCCAGAAUGUGGUUGAAUUCAACGUGGGCCUGUUCUCCACCCUGCUGGUGGCGGCCUGCUUUGAGCUCGCCUUGUGUCUCAUCCAGAUGGUCAACGGGCUGUUUGGAUGUAUCUGUGGCACCUGCGGCGGCAAAGAGUAAAUUGAAGCACAAAACACCAUGACUUUUUGAAGAAGAAAUGACAGGAAUCACCAUCGUCAUCGACUCAGUCGUCGCCAUCAUCUUCAUCAUCACCGUGAUCAUAAUCUGCUGCACCAAGAAGUAAUGACAUUAUGGUUGAAAUGUGUUUUUCUUCAAGAGGAAUGACUGGGAUUAUAUAUAUUACACUGUCUGUCUAUUAUGUGUUUCAUUAUUCUCAGAUUACACUGAUUGUAGUCUGUGAGGAAAAACUGAUGUAUGCUGUGUUUGUAUCUGUAAAUUUGUAUGUUUAAAAUGUUUUUUAAGAGAUCUCUGAAGAUAAGCUGGCGGAGAUACUUUUUAGGGACUGUACUUCAUUUAUCAGAGUUAGGGGGGUGGCAGCAGGGUGUCCUCGUUUUUUGUGACCCUCCACUGCAUUACCUUCCCUCUAUCAAAAAUAACCAUAUUUCACAAUUUCUGGCUAUGAUAAAUUGUGUGCUUUUGACGAUUUAAAAAAAAAAAAAAAAAAAAAAAAAGCCUUUAAAACCCUCUUGUGGGUUUGGUAGUUUUUUAGAGUAUUUAAAAUAAAUACAAAAUAUAACCAUUUAAAGUUAAAUGCCCCAUCCACAAAAACCUCCUUCCCUGGGGCUUAAAUAUUGUGAAGGUAAGGUAAGUGUGAAGGUAAAAUGAGACCUCCCUAAACCCCAAAAUAA